AGAUAAUAGGGAAUCACACUACCAAGCUCGCGGGGAAAGACGGGAAGAGGGAAAAGAGAAAGGGAAGCCUCUGCCAAAUAAUGUUCGGUUCUCUGGUUUGAUUUUCGGUUCUGUGGUUUCACACUAUUUAUGGCAGAAAACAAUUGGGAUUUGGAGGAACUUGAUACAUCUCUUCAUAACCUUAGUCUGGAAGGUAAGUUAAACGAUUUUUGUACAAAUUGGUAGAUGAUUUUAUUGAUUUCUUUAACUGCUAGUUUUAUCCAUUGUUUGUCUAUUUUAUAAAAUCUAUUGGUUUGUUAUAUUCUUAACUCACUUAAUAUCUUUCACAUUAAUCACAUAAUUCUUUCACUUUUGAGACUGUAUCCCAUCUCCAUGGAUGUGGUACAGAACUUUCUGAACAACUUCGAGCAUUUGUAGUUUGCAUUGAGUGCAAAUUUACUUCUCAUUCGUGGAUUUAUAAUAUUUAUAGAUGAAGAUGAAGUCGAUCUUGGCUGUACGCCUUUGACUAGUACUCCUAAGAAAGACAGUUCUGGAAAACAUGCUUUGACUCCGAAUUCUAAAAGACAGAACGAGCCAUCUUCAAAGAAACUGAAUACUUCUGAAAGCCCAUCAUCUGUUUCUGAAUAUUCUGGUGACUGUGUUAAGUUGUGACUACUUUAUCACACAAAUUUAUUUUUUCUUGAUCCAGGGUGCAUUUUAAGAAGUGCAAUAUACCAAAAAUAUAUUCAACAUUAAUAUAGCAAAUUACUAUAUUAUUUGUUUUAGUUUGUGGAAACACCAUACUGUAUAUAUUUAUGUAUAAUUUAUAGAUCAUUUUAAGAAUUUUAUUCUUUUAAUUAACAUAAAUAUUAUGGACUUUGCCAAGCCAGUGUGAUGGAAAGUAUAUUCCUACCCCAUCCCUUGAGAUACAACCAGAUACAUGUAAUAGACCUUAUGCAUAAUGACGUCACAAGGCUUGAUCCUAGCAAGAAAUCCUGGUCUUAAUAGUCAUCGCCUGGGAAAAUUUCGAUAGUGGCCAUUGUAAUAUUUCGAUAGUGGCCAUUGUUUGAUAGUGAACUGUUUAAUUUUGCCGGGUGAUGACUACUAAGACCAGCAUUCCUCGCAGGCAUCAAGCCUUGUGACGCCAUUUUCCCCCAACAACAUGAAGUGCAUGUCUAUGUUUGCCCAAGGGUUUGGGGAAAUAUAUUGACUAGUAUUUCAGACCAGUACAUUCAACUUUUUCCUUGUGCUUUGACACACUUUUCAAUGUUUUAUAUGCAGGUAAUAGAAAAUUUGGCUAACGUUUGUUUAGGGACGGACCAUUAGAAAAGUGAUG